CUCUCGCCCGCCCUUGCGUGGUGUAUUCCUAGUCCUCCACUCUCUCCGUGGUCCCUCCGACGACACCUGGGCCAUUAUUGGGACAUUCUACGACAUUUACGAACUGUACAAUGACUACACGCAGCGACCCCCGCAGGCGCCCCGAGCGCAAAGGGCGGCCGGCUAUCCGCGCUCUCGCUGAAGGUGGACUUUCCACUGCGACGCGGCCGACGGCAUCGCCCACACCAUCCGAGAGAAGAUCCCUGCGCACGAGAAUCCCCGCACCACGAUACCGACACGCCGCCCCGUCUGCGCCCUGGCCGUGGAUGGAGUUCGGUUCGUACCGCGACGCGCCCGUGUCGAUGGAGAACGUCGCGGACUUCCCGGACCACCCCGAGUGGAACGGCUACCCGCAGAGCCUGUUCGGCAACUGGAAGGCGACGCAGGUGGCGCGCAGCAAGAUGCUCACGAAUCUGCCCGCGGAGGGCAAGUGCGCGGUGUUCAAGGUUGAUGUGCAGCGGGACGGGAUGUUCAAGGAGUACGACCCGGAUCCGAUUACGGUGGAGAAGAACUAUGAUGAGUUUUGGCAUAAGCUGUCGCAUGAGAUGGAACAGAGGGACGAGGACGUCAGGGUCCGCGCGCUGUUCAUUCACAACAUGACAUUGCCGGUAUUGAAGAUGUUGGGUACAAACUAUAACAUCGAGCCUUUUUUCUUCUCUUCAUCAACAAACUGGAUACCCUCGAGAUACCAAGAGGACGUUCAAGAGAGCGGAGACCACAUCACUGUGACGCUCCCUUUCCUUCGCGCUGUCAUUGACCCUGCUGUAAAGCUCACGCAAGAACAACUAGCGAGAGUGCCUUUGGACGAGAGUUGUAUGCCGAAGAGCAAGCCAUGGAAGAAAAAGAAGGGCCAGGGCCAGCAGGAGGAGAAGGAGACCUACGACAUCGACACUCUCGCCCCGCUGACCCUUCGAUCCACCGGGCGUGUGCUGCUGCAAGACCUGCUCGCGCUACACAUGGUGCGCACGAUGGACUCGUGCACGGUCGUGUCGUACCACCCGAACAAGGGCGGGCGGACGUCCGCGCGGCACCUGCAGGACGUGUUCCAGAAGGCGGGCGAGAGCGUGUACUGGAACAAGAUCUUUGAGAAGUCGAACGACCCGACGUUCUGCUUCCUGGCGAUGAUGUGGUACGCGGCGUACGCGUGGGACGAGGCGCUCGAGGUGCUGUAUGCGCAUAUUACGUGGCUGGAGACAGAGGUGAUCACGACGAACGACUUUAACCUGACGCGCGAGCUGCACGCGAUCAACGCGCACCUGCUGCACUACUCGUCGCUGCUGUCGGACUUCCGGCUGUCCGUGCAGUUCAUCGAGAACACGCCGCACCCGGGCCUCGUGAACGAUCCCGAGGGCGCGGGGCUUCUGCCGAGCACGACGGGGAAGAAGAAGACGCUGAUGGAGCGGGAGUGCGCGAAUCUGAUGAUGGAGAUCGAGCGUCUGGAGGCGCUGAGGGAGACGCAGAACAGGCGGCUGAAGAAUGUGAUGGAUCUGGCAUUUGCUACUGUCAAUAUUGAAGACAGUAAACGCAUGCGGCGGCUGACCGAGGCGACUGUGCGCGACUCGGCGGCGAUGAAGCAGAUAUCAUACCUCACGAUGAUCUUCCUUCCUGCGAGCUUCGUUGCGGCGGUCUUUGGCAUGAACGUCAAGGAGAUCAACGAGGGCUCGCUCGAGUCGCUCGCGCACUACGCGGAGGCGGCGGUGAUCAUGACGCUCAUCACCAUCUGGGUGGUCGUCGCGCUCCAGAAAUACAGCCCACUGCACGCGACGGAGGGCGAUCGGUUCUGGCGGCGUAUCGCGUGGCCGGGGUACUUUGUGUAUAGGCAUACGAAGCGCAGCCUGGAUAUGCGGACGCAGAGGCGCGAGGAGGAUAUGGAAGGCAAGGGCCAUGAUCUGGAAGGGAGGCUGGACGAGGAGGAUGAUUACGGGGAUGAGACGCUGGAUGAGAAUGGUGAUAUUGAGGACGUGUGGAACGACCAUUUACGUGAUGAAAAACGGGAUACAGGGGCUGCUUCAAGCUUAUUGACUUCCGCAAGCGAGGUUAGUGGAAAGCCUCCGCCUCCGCCCGUCACAAGCGGGACGAUGAUGUCCCGAGCUGAUGAUGGCUUGUUGACUCCGGUCCUACGAUACCGACACGCCGCACCGUCCGGCCCCUGGCCAUGGAUGGACUUCAACGCCGACAUCAGUGCCAUGACACCCGAGGUGGAGGGUCCCCCGCCCGACCCGGUGAACCCCUGGAAGGGCUACCCGCAGAGCUUGUUCGGCAACUGGACGCCGGAGCAGGUGAAGCGGAGCAAGAUGUUCUCGAAUUUGUCGCACAAGGACCCGGACGCGACGUGCUCGGUGUACAACGUCGAUGUGUUGAAGGGGGGCAAGUUCGCGGGUGUUGAGUCGUAUAAUGUGAACGUGGGUCAGGAUGAAGAGCGGUUUUGGAAGGUUGUGCAGGAGGAGCGUCCGUCGGAUGUGCGUGUGCGUGCGUUGUUUGUGGAGGAUAUGUCGCCGCCGGUGCUGAAGAUGCUCGGGACAAAAUUCGUUAUUGAGCCUUUCUUCUUCACUUCGUCCGCCAACUGGAUACCAUCACGAUAUCAGGAGGGGGUGGACACGGGGCAAGGAGAUCAUAUUACGAUUACAUUGCCCUUCAUUCGAGCAAUGCACAAUCCCAUGACUGUUCCUCCAUCGCCGACGUCUGAGCCAGACGACAACGCUCCCGCACGGGCGUUGGCCUCGAAGAUGGUGUCUGUGUAUGACGAACAGCAAGUCAUCGAUACCCAAGCCUCCCUCACCCUCCGAUCCACCGACGACAUCCUCCUCCUCGACCUCCUCGCACUGCACAUGGUCCGCACACCCGGCUCAAGCACGAUCAUAUCGUACCACCCAGGGCACAAGUGGCAGCGCGUGUCCGCCAAGCGGCUCCACAUGCUCUUCUACAAGGCCGGGCAGAGCGUGUACUGGCGCAAGAUCUUCGAGAAGACGGACGACCCGACGUUUAUGCUCCUCGCGAUCUUGUGGUACGCUGUCUACGCAUGGGACGAGGCGUUUGAGAUACUGUAUAGGCACGUGAACUGGCUGGAAUCACGCGUGCUGACGACGAACGACAUCCACCUGACGCGCGAGCUGCACGUUAUCCAAGCGCACCUGCUGCACUACACGUCGCUCCUGAGCGAUUUUAGCAAGUCGGUCAAUUUUGUGCGCAAGACGGAGCAUCCGGGGCUGGCGAAGAUAUGCCCCGACGAGGACAAGCUCAAGCUCUCGAGGGAGCUUCUGGAGAAGGAGUGCAAUAACCUUCUUUCGGAGAUCGAGAGGCUGGAGGGGCGGCGGGCGAUGCAGAGCAGUCGGCUGAAGAACGUUAUGGAGCUGGCAUUCGCGACGGUCAAUAUCGAGGAUAGUAAGGACAUGCGCAGGUUGACGGAGGCCACUGUGCGCGACUCGGCGGCGAUGAAGCAGAUCUCGUAUCUGACGAUGAUUUUCCUCCCUGCGAACUUUACGGCGACUGUAUUCGGGAUGAACGUAGUCGAGAUCAACGAUGGCAGUCACGAGUCGCUCCGAAACUACAUCAUCGCGACGGUCAUCCUCACGACGAUGACGAUGUGGCUCAUCGUCGCGUUCCAGCAGUUCAGCCCGUUCCACGAGGAGGGCGAUCCGCUGUACAGGCGCAUACUGUGGCCUGGGCUGUAUCUGCGCAGGCGGUACCAGAGGCGGAGGGAGCAGCAGCGGGUAAUGAAUAACCUUGCGACGAGCGCGAAGGGGAUGCAGGAUCUGGAGAAGCUGGAUGCGUUGCAUAUUGAGACGAUUGAGAUGCCGAGUCUGCGGUAGGGUCUGAGUGCCUGUGUGCUGCUGGAUGUAUGAUGCAUUGAUUUGGGGGGACUAAGAUUGGUAUAUGAAUUGAC